AUCGGUUUUCAUUGCUGUUAUUCGCAAUCCAGCGGUUGUCGUGAUCGGAAGCCCUGAAAUCGGAAUUAAUUCUUUUCAAAACGCGCAUAUUUUUUCAAACCGAAGUGGAGUGCAAAGCAUAUACUAAAGAAUUUUACAGCUGUGUGUGUGCAUAAAGGAUAACAAUGUUGCCCAUUCGUUGGGCUUUCGUCGGCAUCGCGCUGUUGAUUGCAGCUACAAAUGGAGCAACCAUAGCGUCAUUAGAUGAAAGCGUGCCGGAAUCGAAUUACGAAGUUGAUAAUGAUCAACUUGAUUUGGAUAGAUCAAAACGAAGCGGACGAGGAUAUAUGCGUGGUCAGACGCAAUCUCAGUAUCUGAAUUUUGGCAAACCAGAACAGGAUGGCAAAGCUGAAGCAGAGGCUAAUGAACACGGAUCUAGAACAACAGUUUCUGGAAGCCAUGGUAUGGGACAAGCGCAGAGUCAAUUCUCAAUGGGAGAUUGCAGUGAUUGUGCAUCAAGUCCCACUUACGAAUAUCCCGCGGGCUCUCCCGAUCCCCUCACUUAUAUUGGCGGUAGUGGUAGGCCAGAUGCUUUAAGAAUCAUACCAGGCAGUGCAGGUACUGCUACAAUUGGUGGUCCAGGAGUUGCUGGCACAUUAAGGCAAGGGGGUGUUUCGGCUCCUGGUGGCGUACAGACUAGUGGCCCUGGAGGUCUAGGUGUAAGAGGCCCUACUGCUGGACAUCAGCCCGAUGCCGGUUAUGGUGUUGGUACUGUUGGACAGCCUGUUGGAGUUGGAGGUGUGGGCGGUGUUGGACAGCAGCCUAGCGGCGGUUAUGGUGUUGGUACUGCCGGUCAGCCCACUGGACCUGGAGGUGUUGGAGGUAUUGGGCGACAACCUGGUGGCGGUUAUGGUCUUGGUAUUGCUGGUCAGCCCGCUGGACCUGGAGGUGUUGGCGGUAUUGGGCGACAACCCAGUGCCGGUUAUGGUGUUGGCACUAGUGGUCAACCCGUUGGACCUGGUGGAAUAGCUGGUAUUGGACAACAACCUGGUGGUGGCUACGAAGCUGGUGUUGGUGGUCAACCCAUUGGACCUGCACCCUCAACUCCUGGCGCAGGUGCUGGUGUUCAACCAGGUGCGAUUAUAAGGCCGGGAGCUAGACCCGGGACAUCUUAUGGACCUGGAAUUGUUCAACCAACCGGAACUGGUGUCACAGGAGCUGGUGGAGGACCUCAAACAGGAGGUAUUGUGCGACCGGGAGCAAUUUAUGGGCAACCAGAAAGCGUGCAGCCUGGUGGGGCUUUGAGGCCAGGAAGUGGAUAUGGUACUGGACAAAUUGGUGGUCCUAGAGUAGAAGGAGGUACAAGACCUGGUCAGCAAAUUAGUGGUCAAGUUGUACAUGGUGGUGCGUAUGCUCCCAGUGCUGGUCUUCCUUCUGGUUUACCCGGGACAGGUGUGGGCGGAUCAGUUGCUGAUCAAAGACCAGGAGCACUUGUACAAGGUGGUCCACAAAUAACCGGACAGCCAACUUACACAGGUGUUUCUGGCGGUUUACAACCCGGUCAGACUGGUGGAUUAUAUGUACCGCAACCAGGCCGUCAACCUGUGCAAACGGGAGGUGGAGUUGGUGGUGGUGCACCACCCAGUGCUAUUUAUGGGCCUGGUAUAGGUACGACGAUUAGUGCAAGGCCUGGUAGUGGUAUUCAACAAGGUUUAGAUUUAAGUUCGGGUCAAACUUAUUCCCCCGGUUUGGGAUCUAUUACGGGGUCAAGGCCACAAAGUGGAAUCGGUUAUGCGCCAGGAACCACAGGUAUUCAAACUGUUGGCAGACCUCAACCAAGUGGUGUGCAAGCUCCAGGAGUAGGUGUUCCCUCGCGAUCUCAAAUCUACGGUCCCAGUCCAAUCGGUCAAGUACCUGGAUCUGGUCAAGCUGGUAUCCCGCCUGGCGGUGUUACACGAGGUCAGCCAACUGGACCAGAUGUAAGAACUCAUCCAACUGAAUCUUAUUGGCAACCUGGAAGUGGAGUAUCUAGUAUUCCAUCUGGACCUAGUGGAAUUUAUGCACCAGGUGUCGUUGGAGGUCGGGGAGCUCAACCUGGUACUGGUUAUCAACCAGGGGUAGGGUAUCAACAAGGUGCUCAAUUACAACCAGGUACAGGAUAUCAACAAACUGGAGGAUAUCAACCUGGAGCGAGCUUACUACCUGGUGCAGGUUUGCCACCGGGUGUAAGUUACCAACCACAAGUGAGUCCUCAACCAGGAGCAGGUGUCCAACCAGGUACUGGACUACAACCCGGGGUAGGCCCAGGUAUAGGAUAUCACCCAGCAGCAGGAUAUCAACAGGGAGCUGGACAACAACCAGGAGCAGGCUUACAACCAGGAACAGGAUAUCAGCCAGGAGCAGGUUACCAACCUGGAGCAGGAUAUCAACCUGGAGCAGGUUAUCAACCAGGAGCUGAACAACAACCCGGAGCAGGCUUACAACCAGGAACAGGAUACCAACCUGGAGGAGGUUAUCAACCAGGAGCUGAACAACAACCCGGAGCAGGGUUACAACCAGGUACAGGAUAUCAACCAGGAGCAGUUUAUCAACCAGGGGCAGGUUUGCAGCAAGGUGCAGGAUUAGCUUAUCAACCGGACGCUGGUCUACAACAAGAAGUAGGUUAUCGACCUGGUUCUGGUUAUCAACCAAGUGGAGGAUUACAAACUGGUACAGGUUAUCAACCAAGCGGCGGACUUCAACCAAGUUCAGGUUUACAACCCGGCAUUGGUUCACAAUUGGGAGGAGAUCAACAACAGGGCGGAAGUUAUGGUCCAAUAUUAAGAGGACCUGAUGCUGCUCAACCAGGAAGCAGUCUGCAACCUGGUGGAGGUUAUAGACCAGGAACUGGUAUUAUUUACGGACCAGGUGUUGCUCAGCCAGUAGGUGCUGGUCCAGCGGGAACAUACCCCGCUGUUCCACUAACGUAUGGAAAAGUUGGCGGGGAUGGUUCUGGUGUGCAACAAGGUGAUAUCUAUGGGCCAGGCACAUUACCUGGUAGUGGAACAUUUGGACCUCUUGGAGUUCCAGGAACUGGACCUGCUGGUGUCGGUGGAAUCGGUGGCGUUGGUGUCCUCCCAGGUGGUGUUUCCGUAGGACCAAGCGCCUUAGCAUAUCCUGGAGCUGCCGUCCCUGGCGCGGGAGCUUUGGGUGAGUAUAAGGAAGAAGGACCUGGCAACUUAAUAACAGCAAGUGGCGCAGGAGGAACCGAUGAUGCAUUCUCCCAAGCUGAAUCCUCCAUCAGUGAAGGGCAAGCAGCUGCUAGUGCACAAGGCAAAAAGAAUGGCGGCACUGCCAAAACUCAGGUAUCAGGAACAUAUAGUUCCACUGGAACAUUCAGUGCCAGCGCUUCAACUUCUGACAGCGAUCGCUCAGCCAAUGCCCAAGUGAGUGGAAAUAGUGAUGGAGCAAUAAGUCAGUCUCAAGGACAAGGUGGCGCAGCACAGUCGCAAGCUCAGGUUCAAGUCAACUCCAAAGAUGGAGGCACUAAAGCAUCCUCACAAAGCGGAGGUGUAAUCCAUCAAAGUCAAAGCGAGGUACAAGCUAACGAUAAGGGAGGCUUGGCUGAUUCACAGUCCAGCGGACCUGGCCAAACGUCAUCCCAGGCACAAAUUGGUUUCCGACCCAAUCAAGAUGGUAGUGCACCACCAACAACGGGAGGUGGCCAAGCAUCCGCUCAAUCUGGUAGCCACUCAGGACAGAGUCAAUCGCAGAUCCAAGGCACAUCCAAAUUCGGUGUUUCAUAUCACGGUGCAGCGCAAUCCGCAUCUGGAACUAAAGAACAAGUUGCAAGCUACCGCGAACAAAAUCGUGAACUAUUCCACAGUAUAAGCCAGUUUGGAAAUAGUGAUGCUGUAACUGAUCGUGUAGACACCGUAUAUAGUGGACCUAGCGGAACAGCAUUGACAGCUGACGGCAACGCUUUACCAGAUCUUGAGUUGAAGUCUUCGAAGAGUGUUAAAGAAAUCGUGAACGCCAACAAGGUUACGGACGAAGAUUCCACUUUAAACGAAGAUGAAGAAGAGGAACCUUACGAUGAAUACGAUGAUGAAGAUGAAUACUAUAAUGAAAAUUCAAAGUUGGAUAGUCAAACCGGUAACAAACCCGAAUCCCAAUCACAUUAUCGCACAUAUACACAAAAUUCACCGACUCAGAGUCAACAGGCUGCCGUACCCAAUUCGCCUGAUAAAUAUCUGUUAGUACAAAAUCAAAAUGGACGUGUACAGAAAUAUCCCUUCCGAUCGACCACAGAAAUGGUGCCACGUGGCUUCCGCGGCACCGUUAACGUGGAGAAAAAAUUCCACACCAAGGCAGUGAAAUCUCAACCCACGGAUAAUGAUCUAGAUAGUGCUGAAGAGCAGGCGACACCCACGAAACACCGUACACCGGACAGUUAUGUGACCGUGACCAAAUCGAUUACUGGCAGUAUGGAUAAUACCAAGAAUCCACCACAGGAAAAUAAGAAUUUCCAAUCAACUUACUACACUAAGUCAUCGACUUGUGGCUACUUCACAUUUUCGUGCAACAUAGUAUACGGUGCAAAUGGUCGCAGUAAAAUCUGCCGGCCGAAGGCACCAGCCAAUGGAAAAUGUUAGAUUUUUACAUAAUAAUCGAUCAUUUUUCGUACCAAUAAUAACUUAGUUGUUAAAAUAAGCUGUAGCCUAACUCGAAUGUAUUCUUAAAUUCCUAACAAAAUGUAACAUUUAAACUUAUUUAAGUCGGAUUAAUUGUUUGCCACACAAUUAAAGCAUUAAAAGGGCGCCUUGAGCACACGUCUCAAGUCCCCAAUGUCGUAACUAAUAGUAUAUUUUGCAUACUUACUAAUUAUAAUACACUGCCACAGAAAGACCCGAUAAAUAGAAAUGCUAAAAUGCUAAAAUGCUUAUUGAUAUUUUUUUAAUAAAUGUAAUUGUUAUUUUUUAACACA